UCAGACUAUGGAGUAAGGUAAAUUAGGAGAAGUGGACAUCUGCAAUGGGUUCCGCUCCAAUAGAUGCAAAUGGUAUCAACCCGCGAUGGUUCCAUUCAGUAACCUUUAAACACCCUGCUGACGUCGAUAUGGGUAACUAAGAUGGUAAAGCGUAAAGCCACGCCUUCCUUCAAAAACCGAUGGAAAUGCCCAAACAGUCGAUUCCUUUCCUUGUGAAUUGUUGUUAAAGAAGAAAAACUGAGAUUUAUGUUGAAAUUUCAUGAUGGUGACCAACCAGAAUUUUUGUGUUUACUAUCAGCAAGAUGUCAUAGGGAAUUCGCAGCAGAGUGAUACAGUGGAGACAGACUGGGGAGAUUCCAAUUUGUCCUGGCUGUUAAACUACAAAAUUCAUGAGUUACCACCAAUACCAGCAGAAACAACCCAUAUUAUAGAGGAAAACAAUCUUUUGGACGCUUUUCCUGAAACUUUAACUUUCGAGUUUACAGAUUUGGAUGGGAACGAUUUCGAUUUGGGAAACACAGAAAUAAUUUUUGCUGAAGAAAGUGAGAUAAUACCCCAGGAAACUUUGAAACCAUCUGGACCAACAAAACCCCCAUAUACCUACACAGAGUUGAUAGAACAUGCUCUCACUGAUAAAGGGGAACUGACAGUUUCUGGAAUUUAUCAUUGGAUAUCGGAACAUUUUCCUUUCUACAAAGAGGGCGACGACCGCUGGAAGAAUUCUGUCAGGCAUAAUUUGUCGAUAAACCCACAUUUUAGGAAAGGCAGUAAGGCACCACAUGGCGCUGGUCAUCUAUGGACAAUAGCAGAAAAAGUGAGAAGAAAGUCGAUGCAGAUUCUUUUCCUACCACCAAUGACCGAUGGAAGAUGAAUGAGAACAUAACCUUUUGAAUUUUUCAUUAUGAUGAUUUUUCUUGGUUUUAGUCGUUUGG